UUUCACCGUAAGGCGUAAAAUUGCCACUGAGAGAGAGAGAGAGAGAGAGAGAGAGAGAGAGCUCGUCUUCACAAAGAGAAAAGAAAGAGCAAGAAAAAGGGAUUUUAUGUGGAAAAAACUGUUCCGUCUCCAAAACCCAUCCUCUAUAUUGGGAUUGUUCUUGAGCUAAGAACAAUCUUCUCUGAUUGGCAUUCAAAUUGUAGUCUUGAAUAUUGUUGAAGUUAACCAUGGAACCAGCAAUUGAUGCAUUGUCCAGUAACUACAACGGAUACAGUGGGUUGUAUAGUAGAGGACAUAAAAGACUUAAAAUGUCCAAUGAUGGAAAAGAUCGAGAUAGGAUGGCCUGCUCUUCUAGCGGUGAAACAGCUUUGAACAAACCAAGAACUGCUUCUAGGGUUAUUGAUUUUUCUGAUCCAUUCGCUAUUCCCAACCUGCUAGAAGGGUUUGACUCCGGUAGAUAUGGAAGUGUUACAAAACAAAUAGAAGAGCUUUGUGCUCGGAAGCUACAAGCUCUAAACCCACUUUUCAUAAAGUUUCCAACACUAACAAGCAAGCCUAUAGAAAGUGUAGAUAAUUACAUUGAUUUGGAGGAUGAUUGCAUUGUAGAUGAGGCUCCACCUCCAGCAGCACCAUUGCCUGUUGUCAUUAUUGAUUCAGAUGAGGAAGACAAAGAAGAUUUGAAGCCAUCUUUUACUUUUCAGAAUGUCAUCUUGGCACAUCCAUCUCAAGAAUCUUUUAUGAAGGAUGGCAUGGUGGCUAGGGACCUUCCAGAUAGCAGAGCUUGGACCGAACACAAAAGGCUUUCUGCUGAAACUGAACUAAAGAAGGAUAAAGGUGUGUAUCUAGGUGUAGAAGAUCUAAGCGAUCAGCAGACUGAUGAUGAAGAUGAUGGUUUGGAGGACGUUUGGAAGGAAAUGUCAAUGGUAUUAGAAACGUCCAAGGAUGCUCCAUUAGAUUUUCCAUCUGAUGAAAGAGAAGAUGAGGGUGACUGUGAACAUUCUUUUGUUUUAAAGGAUGACCUUGGAUAUGUUUGUCGUGUUUGCGGGGUUAUUGAGAGAGGAAUUGAGACCAUAUUUGACUUCCAGUACGUUAAGGUAAGAAGUACCCGUACUUAUGCUCAUGAGUCUCGGAAAGAUAAAGAGUCAACGGAGACAGUUGGGGUUAAAUUAUCUGAGGAAGAUUUGGUGGUAACUGAAAUAUGUGCCCACCCAAGACAUAAGAAGCAAAUGAGACCUCAUCAAGUGGAGGGUUUCAAUUUUCUUGUCAGCAACUUGGUAGGUGAUAAUCCUGGGGGUUGUAUCUUGGCCCAUGCUCCUGGAUCAGGAAAGACAUUCAUGAUAAUCAGUUUUGUACAAAGUUUUCUGGCCAAGUAUCCUCAUGCGAGACCACUCGUUGUUCUUCCUAAAGGAAUCUUAGCUACAUGGAAGAAGGAGUUUCAGAUUUGGCAAGUAGAGGAUAUUCCACUGCUUGAUUUCUACUCUCUCAAAGCAGAUAGCAGAUUGCAGCAACUGGAGGUGUUGAAACAGUGGGUGGAACAGAAGAGUAUCCUUUUCCUAGGGUACAAACAGUUUUCCUCCAUUAUUUGUGAUGUUGAAACCAGCAAGGCAUCAGCUUCGUGCCAAGAAAUACUGCUUAAGGCUCCAUCAAUUCUUAUUCUUGAUGAGGGGCAUACUCCAAGGAAUGAGAACACAGAUGUGUUGCAGUCUCUUGCCAAAGUGCAAACAGCUAGAAAAGUUGUGCUUUCAGGAACCCUCUAUCAAAAUCAUGUCAAAGAGGUAUUCAAUAUCUUGAAUCUUGUGCGUCCUAAGUUUUUGAGGAUGGAAACUUCCCGACCCAUAUGUAAGCGCAUCAUGAGUAAAGUUGACAUAUCGGGUGUUAAGAAGCAGUUUAAAUCUGGUGUGGAUGCAUCCUUUUAUGAUCUUGUGGAGCAUACUUUGCAAAAAGAUAAGGAUUUCAGUCGAAAAGUCAGUGUAAUACGUGACUUACGAGAGAUGACCAGCAAAGUCCUACAUUAUUAUAAAGGAGAUUUCCUGGAUGAGCUUCCUGGACUUGUUGAUUUCACAGUGAUACUGAAUUUAAGCUCUAAACAGAAACAAGAAGCUCAAAAGUUAAGGAAGUUGGCUAGGAAGUUCAAGGUAAGUUCUGUUGGAAGUGCGGUUUAUCUGCACCCAAAGUUGAACUCAUUUACUGAGAGGUGUUCCACGGCUGAUCAGAAGAUGGAUGAGCUGUUGGGGAAGAUAAAUCUUAGAGAUGGAGUAAAGGCGAAAUUCUUCCUUAACCUGCUUAAGCUUUGUGAGUCAACAGGUGAGAAGCUUCUGGUUUUCAGCCAGUACCUUUUACCUCUAAAAUUUUUAGAGAGAUUGUCAGUAACAGUAAGGGGCUGGUGUCUUGGAAGAGAAAUUUUUGUAAUCUCAGGUGAGUCAAGUUCUGAGCAACGGGAGUGGUCAAUGGAGCGAUUUAAUAACUCCCCUGAUGCUAAGAUUUUUUUUGGGUCAAUCAAGGCUUGUGGAGAGGGCAUAUCUCUAGUAGGGGCAUCUAGAAUAAUAGUUUUGGAUGUCCAUUUAAAUCCAUCAGUGACUCGGCAAGCAAUAGGUCGUGCAUUUCGACCGGGGCAGCAGAAAAAAGUCUAUGUUUAUAGAUUGGUCGCUGCCGAUUCACCUGAAGAGGCAGACCACAGAUCUUGUUUCAAGAAGGAAUUCAUUUCAAAAAUGUGGUUUGAAUGGAAUGAGUACUGUGGUUAUCAGGAUUUUGAAGUUGAAACUGUUGAUGUCAAAGAAUGUGGUGAUCUCUUCUUGGAAAGCCCUUUGUUGCAGGAAGAUGUGAAGGUUCUGUACAGGAGGUAGAUCCAACUGCAUGUAGGAUCGAGAAUUGUAAUUUGUAGGCCAGCUGCACACAUCAGAAGUGGUAUUAGGGGUUGUCGGAUCAUCCGAAUUUUGAAUCUCUUUUGAAGCUUUCAUUUUUGGUGAAAUCUCUUUUGAAGCUUUCCUUUGAUUCUUUUUGUGUAGGAAGCUGUAUAUUCUACCUGUCUUGAUGCCAGAAAUUAACAUACUUCAGUUAUUGAAGUGUAACCAUUUUUCUUAUCACUGGUGUUGUAGUUAAGCUUAAUUUAAUAUCCACUGCCAGUUUUUUAAUUUAAUCUUGGAUUCAGCCUCAGUGACAGAAAUCUUUGUACAUAAGUAACAGGUGUUGACAUUUAAAUGUUAGUGUAGCAUUUUAUUAAAUACUGGUUGAAGAAAAAGAAAAGGCUGCUCUGCUUUUACCUA